UAUUAACAAAUUAUUUAACAAUUACAGGUUUUCAUAUAAAACUAUGAUUUUACGCAGUCAAUAAAUUGUUGUGUCGUAAUUCGUACAUUUUAAAAACAAUCACAACCUUCGUAAUGAAUCGAAACCUUUUCGUAAUGAAAAAGAAAUUCGUUGGCUUCACAACGAAUAUAAAAGAUGCCUGUGCCUAGAACAAUGGCAGUGUUACGUUUCUUCUUAAUGACUUUUAAGCGAGAGAUUAAGAAUAAAUUUUUAGCAUGAUAUCGAAUCUAGUUUAUUUCAUUAUUUCAAUUAUAAUUUCGGCUCUUGCAAUGAGGACUUCUUCAGAAACAAUAGAAACAGAAGAAUUGAUAAAUAGUGUUCAAUCUCCUAUAAUUAUGGUACAAGAUUAUCCAAGCAUGAUUAAAUCAAUGCAGGAUAAUUCAUAUGAUAAUAAUGAUAGACCAUGCCAAAUAGAAUAUCAAAUUAUUAAGAAAAGAGCAGGAAAAUGUGUAAAACUAAGCCGUGGAGUAACUGGUUGUGUUUCCGGUGAUUACAUGAAUCCUUUUCAUCCUGACUGCUUUUGAAUUCUUAUACAAAUAAUUUAAAAAAAAAAAAUCAGCCUAAAAUUACUUACCUAACCUAAAAAAACCGCCACCUUAUGUUGUAACGCUUCUAUCAAUAAAACAGAGUUGGCUCCCCAGGAUUCGACACGUUGAUCUUCACGAGGAAAAGUGAUUUCCGAUGUACGUGACAAAGAAAAACUACUUCAGUUUUAAUUUCAUUAAAAUCUUAUGGACUUAUGGGGGUUUGCGGUGGGGCUGUCGCUAUAAAAUCCUUGGAAAAUCGAGAUCCUGUUUCUUCAGAGUUGUGAAAGAGCUGUAUGGAAAUGCUUGGAAAGUUUGCUUGGGUGAUUCUGCUUCUCUGUGCCUUCCCGCCAUGGAGCUAUGGAAACUUUGCUUCCAAGAAUUUUG